AAUUAAAGUUGACACCACAAAACAUCAAAGCAACCUAAAUAACUAUAAGUAAUUAUUUGCUCAAAUAAAGUAAUUCCUGUUUAAAUGUACCUACUGUGUUUAUCUGUAGCACUCACUUCAGUAUUCAGUUUCCAUGUAACAUUGAGAGAAACUAUGGCUGGCGGGAACGUUGUGUACGAAUCUGUGCCCAAAGAUGAGAAGCGUGAAGAACUUCAAAAACCACCGGAGCGUCCAAAAGGUCUAGGAAUACGGCACCUACAGACGGUAAUACUGUUCAUAUGCCUAACCAUUGCGUACACAAUCAGGUCACAACUCAGCGUCCUCAUGGUAGCUAUGGUCAGGGUACAGGACCCUCACUGCACGCUGCCUGAUGGAACUCGGAAUAUUUCCGAAGGUUGUGCCGAUCCCAAUGCAAAUAUCAGCAGGUGGAACAUUUAUCGCACAUAUGAUUGGCAUAAGUCCACUCAAGAGAUGAUAACUUUUUCCUUCUUCGUUGGGUAUACAAGUAUGAUGCUCCCUAUGGGGAUACUGGCGCAAAAAUUUGGAGGGAAACUGCCAAUAAUGUUCGCGUUGGCUGUAAACGGGGUCAUUUCUAUUUGUACACCUUGGAUAGCCUUACUGGGAGGUUGGCUUGCCAUGUCAAUAAGUAGACUGGCGCUGGGGAUGACACAAGCGGCUAUGUAUCCCAGCAUUCACACCUUACUGGCCAAGUGGGCUCCGCUUAGGGAAAGAGGGAGACUAAGCACUUAUAUUUAUACAGGCUCACAAGCUGGCACAAUCAUUGCCUUCCAACUAUCAGGCCUCUUUGCUGGCAGUCCUAUCCUGGGCUGGCCCGUCUCUUUCUGGUUGUUCGGAAGUCUGAGUCUCAUAAGCUGUGCUCUCCUCGGCUGGUUUGGAGUCGCCAGUCCUCACCAGCAUCCAUCCAUUACAUCUGAGGAGCUUGCAUAUAUCAUGGAAGACGGGGCCGUUGAUAUUGUACCGAAGAAACGCAAGACUCCGUGGAAACACAUCCUCACAUCAAAGCCGGUGUGGGGCCUGAUAGUGUCACACGCAGGCAGCGCCGCCAGCUACUUGCUGAUCCUCACCGAGAUCCCCCUGUACAUGAACCACAUCUUACACGUAGAUCUCAAAAGGAAUGGUCUAUAUUCAUCUCUGCCCUACAUCGCCUUGUACCUUUUGGCAUUAGUGUUCGGCUAUGCUGCUGACUUCGCGGCUAACAGGAAAAUUAUGUCCGUCGUCAAUAUUAGAAGGACUGCUAACACUAUUGCAAUGGCUGGUUCGGGAGUAUUUUUGUUUGCAUUCAGUUUUAUUAACGACACAACAUGGGCUGUGCUGGUACUCAUCAUAGCGCACGGACUACACGCUGGAAUACAUGUCGGGUUCCAUAUAAACCAAAUAGACUUGGCUCCAAACUUCGCAGGGCCGGUUAUGGCGCUCGGCAAUAUGAUCGCUAACCUGACCAGUCUACUCGUCCCAGUGAUUGUGUCCAACAUUGUGAAAGAUGAUGUGACAGACCAUCGUAAGUGGCAGUAUGUGUUCAUGAUAUUCGUGGCAAUCAUGAUCAUAUCAAACACGAUAUUCGUAGUAUUUGCCAAGGGGACUGUACAGCCGUGGAACUUCUAUGGUGAAGAUGAAAAUGAAAAUGGAAAAGAGCUCAACGGGUUAGAAGAUAAAGCUACGACAAACGGAAAGGACAGGCAGAAAGCAGAGGCAAGAGAUUGAUAAUGAUAUUAGAAGUAAUAAAAGUG